ACCAUCAUAGAAUGUCUAAAAUAUAUUUGUACUGGAGACUUCCCUCCUGGAACCAAAGGAAAUACAUUUGUUCAUGAUCCCAAGGUUGCUCAAGAAACAGACGUGAGAGCUCAGAUUCGUCUACAGUUUCGUGAUGUCAAUGGAGAAUGUAUAGCUGUGCAGCGAUCUAUGGUAUGUUCUCAGAAAAGCAAAAAGACAGAAUUUAAAACCUUGGAAGGAGUCAUUACUAGAACAAAGCAUGGUGAAAAGGUCAGUAUCAGCUCCAAGUGUGCAGAAAUUGACCGAGAAAUGAUAAGCGCACUUGGGGUUUCUAAAUCUGUGCUAAAUAAUGUCAUUUUCUGUCAUCAAGAAGACUCUAAUUGGCCUUUAAGUGAAGGAAAGGCUCUGAAGCAAAAGUUUGAUGAGAUUUUUUCAGCAACAAGGUAUAUCAAAGCCUUGGAAACACUUCGUCAGGUACGUCAGACACAAGGUCAGAAAGUAAAAGAAUGCCAAACAGAACUGAAAUACCUGAAACAAAAUAAGGAAAAAGCUUGUGAAAUUCGUGAUCAGAUUACUAAUAAGGAAGCCCAGUUAACAUCUUCCAAGGAAAUCAUCAGAUCAUAUGAGAAUGAACUUGAGCCAUUGGAGAGUCGUCUACAAGAAAUUGAACACAAUCUCUCUAAAAUAAUAAGACUUGAUAAUGAAAUUAAAGCCUUGGAAAGCCGAAAAAAGCAAAUGGAGAAAGAUAACAGUGAACUAGAACAGAAAAUGGAAAAGGUUUUUCAAGGUACUGAUGAGCAACUUAAUGACUUAUAUCACAAUCAUCAGAGAAUAGUAAGAGAAAAAGAAAGGAAGUUAGUAGACUGUCAGCGUGAACUGGAAAAACUAAAUAAAGAAUCCAGGCUUCUCAAUCAAGAAAAGUCAGAACUACUUGUUGAACAAGGCCGUCUACAGCUACAAGCAGAUCGCCAUCAAGAACAUAUCCGAGCUAGAGAUUCAUUAAUUCAGUCAUUAGCAGCACACCUGGAAUUCGAUGGCUUUGAACGUGGACCUUUCAGUGACAGACAGAUUAAAAAUUUUCACAAGCUAGUGAGAGAGAGACAAGAAGAAGAAGCAGAAACUGCCAACCAGCAGAUGAAUGACUUUGCAGAAAAAGAAACUCUGAAACAAAAACAGAUAGAUGAGAUACGGGAUAAGAAAGCAGGACUGGGGAGGAUAAUUGAGCUAAAAUCAGAAAUCCUAAGUAAGAAGCAAAAUGAGCUGAAAAACGUGAAGUAUGAAUUACAGCAGUUGGAAGGAUCUUCAGACAGGAUUCUUGAACUGGACCAGGAGCUCACAAAAGCUGAACGUGAGUUAAGCAAGGCUGAGAAAAGCAGCAAUAUAGAAACCCUAAAAACAGAAGUGAUAAGCCUUCAAAGUGAGAAAGCAGACCUAGACAGGACCUUGCGUAAAUUGGACCAGGAGAUGGAGCAGUUAAAUCAUCAUACAACAGCCCGUACCCAGAUGGAGAUGCUAACUAAAGACAAAGCUGACAAAGAUGAACAAAUCAGAAAAAUAAAAUCUAGGCAUAAUGAUGAAUUAACUUCACUGUUGGGGUAUUUUCCCAACAAAAAACAGCUUGAAGAUUGGCUUCAUAGUAAAUCUAAAGAAAUUAAUCAGACCAGAGAUAGACUUGCCAAGUUGAACAAGGAACUAGCGUCAGCUGAGCAAAAUAAAAAUCAUAUAAGUAAUGAGCUAAAAAGAAAGGAAGAGCAGUUAUCCACUUACGAAGACAAGCUAUUUGAUGUUUGUGGUAGCCAGGAUUUUGAAAUCGAUUUAGACAGGCUUAAAGAGGAUAUUGAAAAAUCUUCAAAACAGCGAGCGAUGCUGGCUGGAGCCACAGCAGUUUACUCUCAGUUCAUUACUCAGCUAACAGAUGAAAACCAGUCAUGUUGCCCUGUCUGUCAGAGAGUUUUUCAGACAGAGGCUGAGUUACAAGAAGUCAUCAGUGACUUGCAGUCUAAGCUGCGGCUUGCUCCCGAUAAACUCAAGUCAACAGAGUUAGAGCUAAAGAAAAAAGAAAAGCGUCGAGAUGAAAUGCUGGGGCUUGUGCCCAUGAGGCAAAACAUAAUUGAUUUGAAGGAGAAGGAAAUACCAGAAUUAAGAAACAAACUGCAGAAUGUCAAUAGAGACAUACAGCGUCUAAAAAAUGACAUAGAAGAACAGGAAACACUCUUGGGUACAAUAAUGCCUGAAGAAGAAGGUGCUAAAGUAUGUCUGACAGAUGUUACAAUUAUGGAGAGGUUCCAGAUGGAGCUUAAAGAUGUUGAAAGAAAAAUUGCACAACAAGCAGCUAAGUUACAAGGAAUAGAUUUGGAUCGAACUAUUCAACAAGUAAACCAAGAAAAACAACGAAAACAACACAAAUUAGAUACAGUUUCUAGUAAGAUUGAAUUGAAUCGUAAGCUGAUGCAGGACCAGCAGGAACAGAUACAACACCUAAAAGGUACAACAAAUGAACUUAAAUCAGAAAAACUUCAGAUAGCCACUAAUUUGCAGCGUCGUCAGCAACUUGAGGAGCAAACUGUGGAAUUAUCCACUGAAGUUCAGUCUCUACUCAGAGAGAUAAAGGAUGCUAAAGAGCAAAUAAACCCUUUGGAAACAACAUUGGAAAGGUUCCAACAGGAAAAAGAAGAAUUAACCAACAAAAAGCAUGCAAACAACAAAAUAGCACAGGAUAAACUGAAUGAUCUCAAAGAGAAGGUUAAAAAUAUUCAUGGGCAUAUGAAAGACAUUGAGAAUUAUGUUCAAGAUGGAAAAGAUGACUAUAAGAAGCAAAAAGAAACUGAACUUAAUACAGUAAUAGUUCAACUAAAUGAAUGUGACAAACAGAAAGAAAAGAUAAAUAAAGAAAUGGGAGUCAUGAGACAAGAUAUUGAUACACAGAAGAUACAAGAAAGGUGGCUACAGGAUAACCUUACCUUAAGAAAAAGAAAUGAAGAAUUAAAGGAAGUUGAAGAAGAGAGAAAACAACAUUUGAAGGAAAUGGGUCAAAUGCAGGUUUUGCAGAUGAAAAAUGAACAUCAGAAGAUAAAAGUGAACAUAGAUGAUAUAAAAAGAAAUCGCGAUUUGGCAUUGGGACGACAGAGAGGGUAUGAGGAAGAAAUUAUUCGUUUUAAGAAAGAACUCCGAGAACCUCAAUUUCGGGAUGCUGAAGAGAAAUACAGAGAAAUGAUGAUUGUUAUGAGAACAACGGAGCUUGUGAACAAGGAUCUGGACAUUUAUUAUAAGACCCUUGACCAACCUGGUUUUCCUGUGUUAACUGUGAAUAGAAUGCUAUACACGGGAGCAUUCCAGCUGUCCCUGCAUGCCUUGAGAGCAGUGCCAGCAGGAUCCAGAGGAAUUCCCGCAAGAAAGCACAUGUUUAUUCAGCUCUUCCUCCAUUACACAGUCAUUAGAGAAGACAGAGCAAUAAUGAAAUUUCACAGUAUGAAAAUGGAAGAAAUCAAUAAAAUUAUUCGUGAUCUUUGGCGAAGUACCUAUCGUGGACAAGAUAUUGAAUACAUAGAAAUCCGCUCUGACGCCGACGAGAAUGUAUCAGCUUCUGAUAAAAGACGGAAUUAUAACUACCGAGUAGUGAUGCUAAAAGGAGAUGCGGCCUUGGAUAUGCGAGGACGAUGCAGUGCUGGGCAGAAGGUGCUGGCCUCCCUCAUCAUCCGCCUGGCACUGGCUGAAACGUUCUGUCUGAACUGUGGCAUCCUUGCCUUGGAUGAACCAACGACCAAUCUUGACCGAGAAAACAUUGAGUCUCUUGCACAUGCUCUGGUUGAAAUAAUAAAAAGUCGCUCACAGCAGCGUAACUUUCAGCUUCUGAUAAUCACUCACGAUGAAGAUUUUGUGGAGCUCCUGGGACGUUCUGAAUAUGUGGAUAAAUUCUACAGGAUUAAGAAGAACAUUGACCAGUGUUCUGAGAUUGUGAAAUGCAGUGUUGCCUCCCUCGGGUCUUACCUUCAUUAGCUUCUUUUUUUUUUUUUUUUGGUUUUUCUCCAGUACCGGGAACCGAACUCACAACCUUGCGCUUGCCAGGCAGGCACUUUGCCUCUGAGCUAAAUCCUCAGCCCCUUUCAUUAGCUUCUUGCUAAUGUUUCAAAGGAACCUCUGCCUAAGAUGUUUGAGAGGUUCUAAGAUCAUGAAAAUGGUUUCACCUGCAGUUGGAGCUGACGCCCCGCAUGUUGUUCCGCUCGAGGCAGCCUGGGAGCAGCCUGCGGGUCGGCAGCAGCACAGCUGGCUUCGGUCUCUGCCUGCCAGUCCAGGGAGUGACCACUCCUCAGAGCGUGCUGAGAAGCAGCGUUUGCCUCUGCUGCUUGAAAACUCCCCGCCAAAUAGCAUAUCUGAGUAUAUUCCCUUGCAUUUGUCUGAAGGAAACCUGAGUUAGUUCUCAGUGAGCAUUAAUGUCUGAAGGUGGCUAGAAAGAGAUUUUAAUAUCUGGCCCUGCGUUAACCUUACAGAUCUCUGCAAGUGACCACUCUCUUGGCUUUGGCUUCAUCACCUAAAAUCCGUAGUAGUUGAACGAAGAUCUCGGGUUUGAUAGGAAUCUUAAAUAAUCAUUAAUUGAACACAUCCCUACCAAUCAUCUGAGUCGGGGCUCUCUGAAGAGAGGAAUUCCCCAUCAUUCUGGGUCUCCUGCGGAUCAGCUCAGCCUCACCGUAAUUCCAGCUGCUGUGCAAGCGAGGCUCACCCACAGUCAGGACCUUCUCCCCGUGCUCCAGUCAGACCUGGGGGAGAGGCCUCUCCUCUCUACUCCAACACGCGUUUACAUGAAGCCCAGUCAUGCGUUCCCCUGAGAUUAUCCGGCCUUUUUCGAGCAUUCCAAAGGUGCAACCAAGUCAUACACUUUUGAGUUGCACUGUGUGGAGUUUCGUCACUGUGAGUCAGCCUGGCUCAGUCACAGUUUCACGCCAGUAGCAGAUCUGACGAGCACAGUGUCUAAACAGCCUCUUCCAACUAGAGUCCCAAAGAGGAUCAAGCCAAGGUCCUAAGGUGUGAGUGCAGGGCUGAGCAGUGGCCUGCGAUGAUCUCUAUAAGUCCUCCUUCCCAGAACCUGUGUUACCUCAUAAGCCAAGGGGAUGUUGAAGAAAUGCUUAAAGCUGUGGAUCGUGGGGUAUAAAGAUUACCCCAGCAGGUCCUAAAGGUAAUCUUGAGUACCCCAAUAACGGUGGCAGCUGUUGGACUAUGGGGAGGAGAAGGCCAUUGUUGGGGGAUGCAGACUGGAGUGCUGCACAUUGGCAAUAGAGGAAGGGGCUACAAGCCAAGGGAUAUGGGCACCUAGAAGCUGAAAAAGGUAGAGAAACAGGUUUUCACCUCAGAGCCUGCAGCCUUGAUGGCACCUGGAUUGGAGCUCAUUGAAACUGAUUUUGGACUUCUGGUCUCCAGCACAUUAAGAAAAUAAAUUUGUGUUGCUUUAAA